AGCCGCGAAUUUUGUUCACAUAAAUUUACGGUACGUCUGCUCACCUAACACACCAAAUAAUCUUGAAUUUCACCCGAGUUCCCUACUUUAUGGAGAACAGAAAGUCGUUUUUUGACGUGUGGGUAUCCCGGUAGUCAUAUAAAAACGUCAUAUGACAAAAUGAGUCUCAACCUGUGAUGGAAAGCCAACCAAGAGGAAAUAUGAAGAGGUAACCUGCAAGAAAGAUUUUGGACACUGGUGCAUAAUGUUGACUCGUUCGGACUCGGUGUAACAAUGUCUUCAUCAGAGGUCAGUAAGCCGAAGCCAUUUGGGUGCAACAUCUGCGGCAAAGCCUUCCCCCGUAAGUGCAAUUUGGUACGUCACCAGUCAGUCCACAGUGGCGAAAGGCCGUACGUGUGCGACAUCUGCGGCAAGGCUUGUUCACAGCAAAGUAAUCUCCGCAGCCACCAGCGGGCCCACACUACUGCCCAGCAGAUGUUCAUAUGUAAUGUUUGCGGCAAAUCUCUCCCGCUCAAGAGUAGCCUUCGCAGGCACAUGAGGGUCCACACGGGCGAGAGGCCCUUCGCCUGCGACAUCUGCAACAAGACCUUCCCUUACAAGACCAACCUGAAGGACCAUCUGCGGAAACACACCAACGAGAAGCCCUUUGUUUGCAGUAUCUGCGGGCGGGCCUUCCUCCGUCGGGCAUGCCUCACGCGCCACGAGGUGGUCCACACAGGAUUUAAGCCAUUCAUCUGUGGUAUUUGCGGCAAAGCCUGCUCUCAGAGAAGCAUUCUACAGAAUCAUCAGCUGGUCCACACACAAAGUCCAAUUGUAGACUGUGAAGUUUGUGGCAAGUACUUCUCAUCACAGGAGCGCCUACUAAUUCAUCAAGAGAGUGUCCACUUCACAUCUGAAGCAAUUGAUCAUGGGGACUUCCCUCAGAACAGUAGCGAUACCACUUCUCAAGAUUAAUGUUUGUAGAGAGUUUUUCUAACGCUAUCCCUUUUCCCUGAAGCUUAAACAUUGCUUAGUUAAAAAUGCUUUAAAAUCUGAAAUCUUUUGGGGAACGUUUAAGACAGUGUUGAUGUUCUAGUACCCCAAUUAACAAGUGGAGGAGACGUUAACAAUACAGCAUUGGCAUUGAGAUUGCCUUUUCCCUUUACAUGAUGAAUGUACUUGAAGAGUGGCCGGGCAAGAAAUGAAUUCAACACUCGGAAGUGACAAAACUAUAACUAGCAUGUACUUGGAGUGUUAAAAGAGGAAUGUUGCGGAGAAUUUUGCUUUCUGAAUUUGCAAUAGUGAGCAUACUAAACUGAACCAGUAACUUGUAAAAAAAA